AUGCCUAUUGCCGAUGUUCGCCAAUAUUAUAUGCACUUUCUGCGCCGCCAGGAUAAAGGAACCAUGGGUCUACGUCUCCGAGAAGGUUGGGAUACUCUGUCCAAGGAAAGCGAGGUGGAGAAAGGUGAAGGGAAAAGGCGAAGGAGUUCAGUGGUGGAAGUCAGAACAAGCAAGCGUAUCAAGACUCCAUCUGACACAAUGAUGGAUGUGGAUGGUGAUGUGGAUGGUAAAGGAAGCGCAAUGGACGUUGACAAGAAUGGCGGAGGAAAGGAUGUUCCAGUGGGCAUGCUAGCGCCAAGCCAGGUCUCCGACGAGGACCGCAUCAUCUUUCUGAGAUCUCUCUCGACAAACGGUGAUUAUCAAGCCAUGAUCAGUUGGCUGAGCCAGUGCAAGCAAGGGCAAGUGUCCAUGCGGUCUAACCAAUGCCCGCCAACAUGGGGCAGCUGGUCUUUGAAAACACCACAUCUACCAAUGGAGUUUUACGCGCAGUCCAAGUCCAACAAAGAACGUGAAAGUUUCGCAGCAGCAAAGGCAUACCUCCUACAGGACCCACUUCCCCAUGUUGGCCUUGGUGAUGUAGUUGGGCCAUAUGGGCGAGUCGAAACCACCGUUCUCAUUGUUGGUCUCAUGCUGCGUGACAUGGCCAAAGUUUGUUUUCUGGAGCCUGGUAGUGAUGAGGCCCAAAGUCUUCCUGGAUACAUGCAAGAUUCUUCUUUCGCAAUCAAGGAGUGGGAGGAACUGGGCGAAGUUUGCAGCGGAAUUAGGAACAGCCUGCGGAAAUGGGAGGAAGACCAGAUAAAGCGCGGGCAGGCCAAGAAUGCCGGCCCUAAAGCCAAAGACGCCGGCCCUAAAGCCAAAGACGCUGGCCCUAAAGCCAAAGCCGAGCUGAAAAGGGAUUGGAUCGGGAAAGCAUCAAGGAUUCCUAAAGAUCUGUUAACUCUGGCUAGUUCAUGUGGUUUACUCCGUGAGGAUGCUCACAUCUUUCAAAGCUUCGGGGCAGAUUGGAGGGCAGUGGUUGAUAAUUAUUGGGCACUGGAGAAGGCAUUAUUAGGGAAGGCUGUUGACGGGGAUGGGGUGCCUCAUCAUGUUGAAGGAUUACCAACUGCGGUGGAUGUCUGGGUUGAUGCUUGGCAAGAAGAAGGUUUGUUUGAUGUGGAUGGCUUGAUAGGUGAUGCCAAGUUUGGUGAAGAUAUGUGGAAAUGGUGGAAGAAGCAGAAGGAUGCAGAUAAAGAGGUUCGUGAAGAAAAGGGGCUGGAUGGACUCUUGGAGCAACCACAUCUCCAGCGUGGUGGUAGGGGACUGUUGGUGAUGUUAUGGGCGGUCAAUGUGUGGGGAAAGGGUGUGGUGAGGCGUCAAAAGCCUCAAGGAGCAGAGGCCCAACAAUGUGUCACUGUCUGCAAGGAGCUCCGCCUGCUUUUUAUUGAGCUCUUGAAAGCACCAGCUUUGUGA